GUUUCCGCGCAUUUGUGUCGCUGAAGGAAGAAGUAGGCUACAUCGACGGAAGGCGAGUGGAGGAGGAGCCACUUGUUUCAGGCCUUAGGAAGGAGGUGGCUGAAGCGGGCACCUGGGCCAAAGCUUUGGUAUGAGGCGGCGACGGCGGCGGAGGUGGCUGCUGUGAGGGCGGAAGGAAGAGGAGCGGAGCGAGAGGAGAAGGGGGGACGGCUGAGUGACGGGUGCGCAUCUCCCAACCCGCCGCCCCCCCAUCGCCAAAAUGGAUGAACAGGAGGCUUUGAAUUCUAUCAUGAAGGACUUGGUUGCCCUCCAAAUGAGCCGGCGUCCCAGAUUGUCUGGUUUUGAUAGCAUGAAGAACAAAGAUUCUCCACAUUCCAAUAGACAGAAAAAACACAAUGCCAGCAACCCAGCUCUCCUAAGCCACCUUAUGAUAACAAAACAAAGCACUCAUGCAGUAGACGAAAAAAAGGCACAGAGUGACAUCAGGAUAAAGUUUGAACAUAAUGGGGAAAGGCGAAUUAUCCCCUUUACCCGGCCUGUCCGCUAUGAAGAUGUUCAGCAGAAAGUGAAAACAGCUUUUGGGCAGCUGCUGGAUCUCUACUACAUGAAUAAUGAGUUAUCUAUUCCCUUGAAAACUCAAGAUGACCUUGAUAAGGCAGUAGAUCUUUUAGACCGAAGCUCAAAUGUGAAAAGCCUUAGAAUAUUACUGCUGUCUCAGGACAAAAACCAUAUCAGUUUCUCAUCCCAUUCAGGGAUGCCAAAGCAAGUCAGAAUCAAAACUUCCCAAUCCACGGGAGAUGUAAAUACUGCCUACCAGCCACUUGAAACCCGUAGCAGACACCUGUCCAUCAGCUCUCAGAAUACAGGCCGAAGUUCACCCCCACCAGGGUAUGUCCCAGAGAGACAACAGCGAAUCGCUCGCCAGGGGUCCUAUACCAGCAUAAACAGUGAAGGAGAAUUUAUACCAGAGACCAAUGAACAAAGUAUGUUGGAUCCCUUAACCAGUGCUGAAAACUCCAUAUCUGGCAGUUGUCAGUCCUUGAGCCAGUCAGGAGAAAGCCUUUCUUUCCGAAAAUCUUGCAUGUCCAGAGCCCAGAGCUUUCCAGAUAAUAGGCAAGAUUUCUCAGAUCGUGAGAAUCAAAUCUUUGACAAAGCUGAGAAAGGUGGGACAUACCCUCGGCGUUACCAUGUCUCUAUGCAGUACAAAGAUUACAAUGAUGGCCGGAGGACAUUUCCCCGCAUUCGGCGCCAACAGGGCAACCUCUUCACACUAGUACCUUCGAGCCGCUCCUUAAGCACCAAUGGGGAGAACCUUGGCCUGACAGUGCAGUAUCUUGACACCUGUGGACGUAUGUGGAGUGCUGAUAGUGAGAAUAUCCUCACUGUGCAGGAGAGAAACAUCCCAACCAAAUCUCCGAGUGCUCCAGUCAACUGGCGACGAGGGAAGCUCCUAGGACAAGGUGCCUUUGGUCGGGUAUACUUGUGCUAUGAUGUAGAUACAGGCAGAGAACUUGCAGCUAAACAGGUCCAGUUUGACCCAGACAGUCCUGAAACAAGCAAGGAAGUGAGUGCAUUGGAAUGUGAGAUUCAGCUACUGAAGAACCUUCAGCACGAGCGGAUUGUUCAGUAUUAUGGGUGCUUGAGGGACCGAGCAGAAAAGACUCUGAGCAUUUUCAUGGAGUACAUGCCAGGGGGUUCAGUCAAAGAUCAACUGAAAGCCUAUGGUGCACUGACAGAAAAUGUGACUCGAAAAUACACUCGGCAGAUUCUUGAAGGAGUCUGUUACCUUCACAGCAACAUGAUUGUACACAGAGAUAUAAAAGGAGCCAAUAUUCUCCGAGAUUCUGCUGGCAAUGUAAAGCUUGGAGACUUUGGGGCUAGCAAGCGACUGCAGACAAUCUGCAUGUCUGGGACUGGCAUCCGCUCUGUCACUGGCACCCCUUAUUGGAUGAGUCCAGAAGUGAUCAGUGGAGAGGGCUAUGGAAGAAAAGCUGACAUCUGGAGCCUUGCCUGUACUGUUGUGGAAAUGUUGACAGAGAAACCACCCUGGGCAGAAUAUGAAGCUAUGGCAGCCAUUUUCAAGAUUGCCACACAGCCCACUAAUCCCCAGCUUCCUUCUCAUAUAUCAGAACCUUGCCGGGACUUCUUAAGGCAGAUCUUUGUGGAAGCCAGGAAGAGACCUUCAGCUGAAGAGCUGCUCCAGUAUCAUUUUGCCCAGCUCCCCUACUGAAUUACCAUCUCUGAAACAGCUUUCCAUUGAUACUGUUCUCUGAAGCAUCAUGGCCUGUAUCAGAGAAUCCACUCCAAAAUGUUGGCACACAGGUAUUCGGUUUGCCUAGAGAAGCGGUGGGUGAGGGCAAUGCAGAAUUCAGCCACUUUCAUUUUGGUAUCUUCAUUCUGGAAUUGUUGCUUUCUCUGUAAUUACCCAUGUCCUGACAUGGUAUUACAGCAUGCUGUUGGCAUGUGGCUGGGAACAAUCUAAAACACCUCAUUUGAAUAUAGGUCUAUCUCUGAAACUGAUGAAAAUGCAAAGAGAGGAAAUGGACUCUGAGAACUGCUAAAAGCUAUAAAAAUGUGUGUUGGGCUCAUGCGAUCACUGUUUUACAGCUUUCCAAGACUGUAUCAAGCCAAUUGCUACCAGAGAACAUGCACUCAAUUAUUAUAUAUAUAAUAAUUAUUAUUAUAUAUUUUUCUUAAGUAUUCAGCAUCUGAAAGUGUUCAGAAAAUAUUGAUUUAGAAAAAUAUGUGAAUACUAUUUUACAAUAAGCCAAGGAGCUGGAGGUAGGGUGUUCUUUCUCCUUCUCUUUAGCCCUCUCCUAUAUCCAUGUUCUUGGAUGCUGAGAGAGUGGGGUUCCCAUGGAACAAAAGCACAAUGGAAUCUUGACAAUAAAGGCUCCCUGAAUGAAAUGAGGAAAUCAAGCUCCAUUUUGGCAGGGUUGUCUAAAGGUGCAAUGCAGGACUAUAUGUUCUGUGUCUAUGCAGUAAUCACAGGCUAACACAGAAUUUUUAUCUAGCAAAAAAAUCAGUAUUGUGGGGCUCUGUACCUUUAACUUCUAUUUUUUAAAGCAACUUCUAGUCUUUAUGGCUUCAAAGAAACUAGGAAUUCAUAUGGGAGAUGCUCAAGAAUUUUUAGAAAUUAGAGGGGGUUGAACAGGGCACAGUGCUCCUUCUAUGGAUAGCAAAAGCCAAUAAAUAAUCAAAAUGAGAAAUGUAUAUGGAAUUUUACAUUAUUUGCAUAAUUUAUUCAGAUUGUAGAAUGUGCCAUUUUAUGGAUUGUGUUGCACAGGAUAUCAUGCAAUAGACAGUUGUGAGAAGUAUUGUGAGAAAUGCAUGGUAUAAGUGUGCUGCCUUUAGAUGGCCGUUAGUUGCAGCUGAUAAAAAGUUCCCUUCAGUAGAGUUGCACACAGCUAAGCUAGUAUGUCACACUUGUAAUCAACAUAUGAAACUAUCCCAAUUUGUAUCACUGUGAGACAUUCAGUCUUGUAUACCUCCAUUAGGUAGCUUCUUCUAUCUAAAUCUCCCUUUUGCAGAACAGCCAUUUAAAAAUUUUGCCCAAACUUCCAACCAAAGAUUAUUUCAGUGCUGCCAAGACCAGUCUUCAAGGGGAGGCAAAGUAUUGCUGCUGAGCCUAGAUAGGAUUGUCCAUACGGAACAGAGGUAUCUUUUUCAGGCACUUGUAAUGGAGAAAUUGGGGCAAGGAGAGGUGGUAUCGCUCAUCUGCAGUUACUCAUCCUGGGUUUUCCAUCUGCUCUUCUAACCUUGAACAGUUUCUAAGGUUCUAAUUGAGACCAUGUUUUCCUACAGUUCUGCAGUCCUGCCAGUUGUUAAUCUCACAUUCUGAACUGUUUUCUAAGAAACUUUGGAUUUUUUAAGAGGCACUUCUAUCAAAUUUAAUUGGGGACAAUCUGAGAGCUAACCUCUUGAUCUCUCAAAUCUUUGAUUGCCAAGGGCAUACUUUUAUAAAAUGUUGGAUUAGAACCAGAUACGCUCACACAGGACCUCUAUGGGAUAUACCUGUUACUCAUAAUGUAGCAAAUUCAUGUACACUCCAGGAGUAUUGGGACAGGUGAAGGAUGUGACCAACAUGCUGCACUGCAAACUGCAUUCUGCCAGUUGUGACACUUCAGUUGUUUGCUAUUAACCUCGCAAAGAUAUAUUAAUCUACCCUUGCUCUAGCCAAGAACUUGUCAAGUGUUUGCUUCUGUGCAGAACUGAGAUGCACUCCCAUCUGUCAUUUUAUACAGAAUUGCAAAUGGUUGCUUGUAUUGCAAGAUGGCAGUACCCCAGCCUGACAUGUUGGUGAAAGCAGGGUGGGGGAGUAAUGCUUUCAAUUAAUCAGCAGUACCACUUUUAAAGAAGAAUACAAUCGAUACGUGGAUAAAAGAACAGUUCUUUCCUCCUGUCUCCAGCCUUGUAGCUGUGGCAAAGUACAGAGCAAGUAUCUUGAUCUGCUUAAGUUUUCCAUCAUAUUUCUUUAAGGAUGUAUACAGCUUUAUGACAAAUAAAAGCCAAAGUGUCAGUGCAGAUCUGAAAAUACUACAGUGAUUUCCAUUUUUACCUCACUUGCCAACAUGUCUGUAGGUCUUGGUUUGCUGCCCUAAAAACAGCAUAUUCUUUCUCAAGACCACAAUGUUGAGUUACGGUGUUCCCUUUGAUUUUAGCAAAUAACCAGCAGCAGAGUUGCUCCCUCACCUGUCUUUGAGAAUGUGUUACGUUGCCUUGGCUCCUCACUGGGUGGAUAUGAUUCAGCUUAAGAAAUAAGCCAAAGCAUUAUUCAUAUGGUCAGCAGUGCACUUUUACAAAUGUAUUUAUAUCACUCUUAUUAAGCAUUUUACUUCAUGUAAAGAAAUUGUGAUGUCUCAUACUUUUUUAUUUAUAUCAUAUUUGUUCAUGUUUAUAUGUAUGUAUGUAUAGCAACUGUUAUGGAAUGGGGAGGGGAGAAAUUGACACCUUUGUGAAUUUUAAAAAGGGGAAAGAAGCAGCUGGUUUUGCAAAGAUUUUGAUUAUGGUUUAUAACAAGAUGUGUCAAGUCAAAAUGCCUUUUUGUUUCCUUGCUAGUCUUUUUGGGAGAAAGACGUGAAAUAGAAUAACAAUUUAGAAAUGGCAAUUUAGAAUGAUGGAAUGCCAGAAAUGAGAAGGUGUAUUAAGAGACCAUCAGUUCCAUCCUGUUACCGUUGAUAUUCAGUAUCAACGUACAAUCUUGAUUGAUUUUCUUGCCAAUUCUUUACAAAACAAAGCAAUCUGCACAGUCCCAGUGUAACCUCAUUUUAAGAUAAAUUUCACGUAUUGAUCUCACAACUUCUAUAUGCCUGCAUUUCUGUGGCACUUCAACCUGUAUUUUUAAACAAACAAGAAAUGGCCUUAUUUACUAUGCCGUAGUAUAUAUAAAUUGUGUAAACAGCAUACAGGUAAUCUGAGAAAGAAGGCCAUGAUGUGGGAAACAGUCUUUGCAGUAUCUGGACUGCAGACAUUGUUAUAUUGCUACUUGGCGCAAUAAAUUUGUCCCUGAAAUUACAUCUAGAUAAUUGUCAUUGGAGUCCUACAACAUCAAAUCAAAAGCCCCCUUGAGUUUGGGGGUGGUUACUUUCAGAUAAAUGCAUAAAGGAUUAUAGCCUUAAAAAUGCCACCUUUCUGUUGUAAUUUAUCUCCCAUGCCAGCUACUUCCACUCUCAUUAUUUUUGCCUUAUAAAACCCCUUAAUCUAGGCAGUUUCUCUCACAAACACUUUAUGGCCUCCUGAGGAAUUCAUCUUCCAGAUCUGCUUUUGGUAAAAGUUUCUGAUCCUCAUCAGUGCAUGUGAGAGAGUGAGAGAAUAGAGGAUAUUUUGCAAAUUCUCUCACAGAACUAUAACUAUUAAGCAAAGGAAACAAAGUUGUGUUUAGGCUUGAUAUGACGAUUCUGUAUACUCCAGGUUCACCUCCCAGCCUUCUGUUUUUGUAUAGAAACUACCAUCACCAGACAACGUGUAUCUCAUCUUCUUCCCAGAAUUGCCUCAUCUAUGUGGGCUAAUUUAACAUAUGAUUUGGAAGUUUGAGAGAGUACAAAAAAUACAGAUUGUCUUUUUGUGACAUAUUUCUGCAAGAGUUCAGAACUAAUCUGAGAUCCUCUUCACAUCAAAUCUUUGAAUUUAUAUUUUUGAAUUUGAUAGUACAUCUGACUUCAAGUUUGCCAAAGAAAUUAUUGAGGCUGGGUAAUUAAGCCUGCAGCCUGCUGUAUAUUUACACUGCUAUUGCUAGAGAGAUGUUUUAAUUAAUUGAAACUCAAAAAGAGAGCUUUGUAGAAUUUAACAAAUCAAUUGUUUGAGCCACAUUUGUUACUGGAUACAUUCUGUGAUUUACCAUCUGGACCUGGAGUGUACAGAAGAUCUUGAAGUACUUGUCUGUUUCUAAUUUUUAUGAAUUUCUAUACUGACCGAGGCUUGCAGUGCAAAGCCAGGCCAAUGUAUAACUUUUAUUUACAAUAAAAUAUAAUUUUCAGCUAA